UCAAAAUUCUAAAUACCGUACUGGCUUUUGCUAGUUAUUAUUUUACAAAAGCUUUUAUAUUAAUAAUUUAUGUUCCUGUUAGGUAGUAACCAAACCUAAAUCAGUUUUGAUUUUAAUAAAACUGAACUGUUAGGCGUGGAAAAUGAAUACUACGGAAUAUGUUCAAAUAAAGGACCUGAAGCCCGGACUGAAGAACAUCAACGCCGUUUUUAUAGUCCUGGACGUGGGGCCGCCGACGCUGACGAAGGAGGCGCGCGAGGUGCGCACGUUGCGGGUGGCGGACGCGUCGGCGUGCGUGAACCUGUCGGUGUGGGACGAGCCGGGCGCGCUGCUGCAGCCGGGCGACAUCGUGCGCCUCACGCGCGGCUACGCGUCCCUCUGGCGUUCCGCCCUCACGCUGUACUCCGGCAAGUCCGGGGACAUACAGAAAGUUGGGGAAUUUUGCAUGUUGUUCAAUGAGCAGGUCAACAUGAGCGAGCCGCAGCCCACGCCGCCGCCGCCCGCCAACCCGCCGCAGGACAGGAGCAACGGGACGCACCAGCCGCCCCGGAAUCUUUCCCAGUCGCAGACUCCCCCUACCGGACCCUCCUUAGCCCCGAAGAACGAGAGAUUCACCCAAAACAAUCAGGAGCAUGGAAACAAGCAUCAGCACAAAACAUAUGUGCGGGGCCGGGGCCAUCAGCGGGGGAACAACAGGAGAUAGCUGACUUCUAGGAUAUUAUAUUAAUAUUAUACUCUAUGAUAGGUAUAUAUAUAUAUAUACUAUGAUAUUAGGUUUUGAAGUUGGGAGAGAUUAAGAUAUAAUAUGUAUAUUAACAACAAUUAUUUUUUCAUCAGUGUUCCGCCUUUGUUAUGUCAAUGACAGGGCCGAGCUGCCUUAUGUGCGAAGUGUGCGGCGCAAACAAUAGGGGCGCCGAGGCGUAGCCAGUUUCGGUCAAAUUUUAAUAAAUAAGAAGUUGAAACAUUAUGAUUCGAGAAAAAGAGGUGCUUCACAGAUUUCGUACACUGGAGCUGUGGGGAGCGGCCCUGGUCAAUAAAUAUUGAAUACAGAAGCACCUUAGGGUGAAGCCAAAUGAGUGUAAUUUUGUGAGUCAUGAUCAGUAUGAAAAAUAAUUUACGCGACCGAAAUUCUGCGACUCAAAACUCAUACAAAUAAGCUUAUUUGGCUGCACCCUUAAGCAAUGUGCUCCAAGUUCUAUGUUAUACAUUUUCAAUUUUCGAUAGAUUUGCAGUAAUCCCUAGAACUUUUUAAUGAUUCUGAUAGUAAUUAUGAUUAUUCUGUUAAAUAUCCUUUAAAUUGUAAAAUAACAAUAUUAUGAAGUUC